AUAAUUGUACUGAGCUUAAUGCAUAUACUCAAGGAUCAAUACACACACUUGACUAGAAAUGUCAAAAGAGCUUAUAUUUAAAAUGCGAAUGCAGGGCGGAACCAUAAAACUCACAUGUUUGCGGGGAAACAGUUUGAAGUGAACAACCCACUGGACUUGCUGAUGAAACCUAUUUCGAUUAUACUGAGCUGAUGCAGGUUGAAUGAGCUGACAGCUGUUUAAAUACAUACGAUCGAAGGGGACACAUUUUAAAGGAGAAGGUGUUGGGGGCGCGACCACGAUGGAGCUCUAUGAACAACUAACGGCCCAAGGGGACAAAGUCAGAUCCUUGAAAACCGCUAAGGCUGACAAAGCAGAUGUUGACGCAGCCAUCCAGCUGUUACUGAAGUUGAAAGUGGACUACAAAGAGGUAACCGGUCAGGACUACAAAGCAGGGUGUCCGCCCUCAGGAGCGGCUGUUAGUAACGACAGGCAAUCAGAAAAUGGUGGUGAGGAGGAUACUGUGGAUCCCUGGAACGUCGCCACCAAUAGUGCCAAAGGAGUGGACUACGAUAAACUCAUAGUGAGAUUUGGCAGCAGUAAGAUUGACCAGGAACUGGUGGACAGAAUCGAGAAGGUGUCGGGACAGAAACCCCACCGCUUCCUACGAAGGGGGAUCUUCUUUUCCCACAGAGAUAUGAAUCUGGUCCUGGACGCCUACGAGAAGCAGAAGUCCUUCUACCUGUACACCGGUAGAGGCCCCUCGUCACAGGCCAUGCAUGUAGGACACCUGAUUCCCUUCGUUUUCACCAAAUGGCUACAGGAUGUGUUCGACAUCCCUCUGGUGAUCCAGUUAACGGACGAUGAGAAGUACCUGUGGAAGGAUCUCUCGCUAGAGGACUGCCACCGCUUCGCCGAGGAGAAUGCCAAGGACAUCAUCGCGUGCGGCUUCGACGUGAACAAGACCUUCAUCUUCUCCGACCUCGACUACAUGGGUUCAUCCCCAGAGUUUUAUAGAAAUGUGGUUAAGGUUCAGAAGCAUGUUACCUUCAAUCAAGUCAAAGGCAUCUUUGGAUUUUCUGACAGUGACUGCAUCGGGAAAAUCAGCUUCCCAGCCAUCCAGGCCGCACCGGCCUUCAGUAGUUCUUUCCCACAAAUCUUCAAAGGACGGAAGGAUGUUCAAUGUCUCAUCCCGUGUGCCAUUGACCAGGACCCCUACUUCAGGAUGACCCGUGACGUGGCCCCCCGGAUUGGCUAUCCUAAACCCGCCCUAUUGCAUUCCACUUUCUUCCCCGCCCUGCAAGGGGCCCAGACCAAGAUGAGCGCCAGUGACGCCAACUCCUCCAUCUUCCUCACAGACACCCCAAAGCAGAUCAAAAAUAAGGUAAACAAGCACGCAUUCUCUGGAGGAAAAGACACAAUCGAGGAACACAGGGAGCAAGGUGGUAACCCAGACAUUGAUGUCGCCUUCAUGUACCUCACCUUCUUCAUGGAGGAUGACGAACAGCUGGAGAAGAUCAGACAGGACUACACCAGUGGUACUUUGUUGACAGGAGAGUUGAAGAAGAUGUUGAUUGAGACGCUCCAGCCAAUGAUCACAGCCCAUCAAGAGAACCGCAAAAAUGUCACGGACGAAAUGGUCAAACAAUUUAUGACCCCCAGACCGUUAAAUUUUAACUUUUAGCCCCGAGAACACUAUUCCCUGCUGUUGAAGGUAGCAUGGCAUUGCAAACGCUUACGAUCUAGCAACCACGACGUGUCACCUCAAUGUUUGUAUGGCUGUGAUCAGUGUACGACGAAGGUAGGAGUGUUACCCUGUCUUAAGUAAAGUGAUAUCCCUCACACUGAGUAUGUCUUUACUAUUGGUAAACACUCAAAUUUGCAGAAGACAGUACCUUUGAAAUCGUUUUCCAAAUGUCAGUCUGGGACUAAUACACCUUACACUGAAAGAUCACCAAGGGUCAACCCAGGAUGAAAUAUGACGCCUCAAAUAAGACCAUUAUGAUAGACAAUACACGAAACAGCCUAAUUUCCAUUCAAACAUGAAGGGACAAGAACAGUUAAAAUUGAUUAAUUGGUUAUGGAUAACAAACGUUUUGAUGUCAAAGCUGUGUAGUUAAACAUCCCAACACAAUUGUGUUUCAUUUUUCUUGCAUAGCUUAUCAGUCAUUACAGAAAAGGAUCAUUCUUAACACUGUCAAUAUUUAUUGACAUCAUUUGUAGCCUUGAGAAGCGUCAUGGUUUCCCUUGUUGACUCCUUCCUACAUUCUUUUCAUGCCAGUCAGUUUUGGUUGCUGUGUUAUCUCCCUCCAGACAUGUAGGCUACAUAUUAUCUUUCAGGAGAACUGGAGGAUUAGAAUUGGACUGCAUUCAAAAAACCAAAUCAAAUGUACAGUACACUGAGCACAUAUUACAUCCUUUAUUAAUAAUUACUGAACAGAUGUCAUUUCACUGUCUAAAAAUAUGUUAAAAUUUUUUUAAAGACCACAGUAUUUUAAACAAAUCUGUUAUCAUCCAUGAAUAAAUUAGUGUAGUAGUAUUAACGAUGUUUAAAUAUAGCUCUAUACUUAAAUAUGAUGUACACAUUGAAUAGAGGUAGAUUGCAGUGUUUUCUACAACUUCAAGCCACAACAAUUGUGUCAUCAGCUGCCUUACAAACACAUACAUAAUCGCAGCUUGUGAAAAUGAUAUUAAUGAAGAUAUUUAAUACAAUUCAAGUCAUAGUUAAUGGCCUAAUGAUGGGCUGGAGGUUGGAAUAUUGUCACGCGCAAACAGUUUCAAGUAUGGCUACAAUUAGAGCUACGUGAAUAUGUUACUGAAUUCCCAGACAGCUAUUCUAUUGGAUUUCACAGCAAAAUGUGCAUAUGUUUAGAGUAUGCAUGUACAUGGGCCAAAAGAGCUCAUGGGAAAUGUGGUUUUGUGUCCAGAACUCCUCAUAGAGGCAUUCAUAUUUGAGCAACAAUUAUGUUUGGCAUCAGAAAAUUGAAAUGGCGAUGUGUAUGAAGUACCAUCUCUUAAGAUCUAAACAUUAAAAGCU